GGUAUUCCAACUCGGGACUGCCUCAACGCCCGGCGCUGUCUCCUCUGCUACUCUGUUUUGGUGUUUUAGAAGAGGCAGAUAGUGAGGGCGGCACAGUGCCCACGGCAUGCCGCUGGACUAAGCGCUAAGCGGGCUUGGGAAGAUGCGCACGCGGGGGGUUUGAGCCAGCCAAGGGGCCAGGCGCCGCCUGGGGGCGCUGCGGCUGCUGCGGGACGCACCAGGCCUAGUCGCCCGCAGGCUCCGCCCGAGGAGCAGCCCAGCCACCCCAGGGCCCAGAGGACCAACCGCUUCGACCCGCGCCCGGGCGGCGGCAGUGUUGGCCGGCGAGGCGAGGAGGGCCGGGCCGCCACGGUGGGGCGAAAAGCCCUGAAAUUUCCUCUCAGUUCCUUCCGGUGCGCCUCCCGCUCGCCCUUGCGGAGGCCCUGAGGGCGGAUUCAAGGCCCCGCGAGAAGCCAUCUGAGGCGGCGACGACUGUCCUCAGCCCCACGGGAACGGCGCGGACGCAGCGUCCCUCUCCCGGACAAGAAAACAGCCAUUCUAGAAAGCUUCAAAAAGGACACACUAGAUUUAAUUAGAAAUGUUAAGAUUGCCCAAAAAAGGAUUACCUAGACUUGAGCAAGUUCAAGAUGAAGACACCUACCUGGAAAAUUUAGCAAUACAAAGAAACGCAUCUGCUUUUUUUGAAAAAUAUGAUCGGAGUGAAAUACAAGAGUUACUAACUACUGCACUAGUUAGCUGGUUGUCUGCCAAAGAAGAUGUGCGCUCUCAAGUGGAACUCCCAUGUGGAAUUAUGAGUCAAAUGAAUAACGUAGGCUUCUCCACUGCAAUCCUACUGACUCCCGUGGACCCUACUGCCCUCUUAGACUAUAGAGAGGUCCAUCAAAUGAUAAGAGAGUUGGCUAUUGGAAUUUAUUGCCUAAAUCAAAUCCCUUCCAUCAGUUUAGAAGCUAAUUAUGAUCAGAGUUCUUCUUGUCAAUUACCUCCAGCUUAUUAUGAUACCAGAAUUGGGCAAAUUCUGAUCAAUAUUGACUACAUGCUGAAAGCACUAUGGCAUGGAAUAUAUAUGCCCAAAGAAAAACGAGCUAGAUUCUCUGAAUUGUGGCGUGCCAUCAUGGACAUUGAUCCUGAUGGAAAACCUCAAACAAAUAAAGACAUUUUUUCAGAGUUUAGUUCAGCAGGUUUGACUGAUAUUACAAAGGAUCCAGACUUUAAUGAAAUCUAUGAUGAAGACGUGAAUGAAGAUCCAACAUAUGAUCCCAAUAGCCCUGAAGAAACAGCUGUAUUUAUGAAAUAUGCUGAAAAUAUUAUGCUAAAGUUAACAUUCAGUACCACACAAAUUCAACAGUAUGAAAAUGUCUUUAUAUUUGAAACAGGCUAUUGGCUUACUAAUGCUAUAAAAUAUAACCAGGAUUAUCUUGAUAUCUGUACCUACCAGAGACUACAGCAAAGAUUAUAUCUUCAAAAAAAGAUUAUUCAAAAACACUUUGAGAAGAAAAAAGAUAUCAGAAGAGGGAUAGGAUACCUAAAGUUAAUAUGUUUUCUGAUUCCAUUUCUACUGAGUUUAAAGAAGAAAAUGAAAGUUCCAUAUUUAAGUAGUCUGCUUCAGCCUUUUUCAGAUGACAAGGUCAAGACAGAGCGAGAAUUGCCUCCAUUUAUUUAUGGAAGAGAUUUUAAAUGCCAGAAUUUUCACUACAAAGAGAAUCAAUAUUUUCAUGUUCAUGGAGGAAUUGAAUUUGAUAUCAGCACCCCUUCAAUUGAGAAUGCCUUGGAAGAUUUUCAGAAAAAUUUAGAAAAAAUACGAGAUUGUGCUGCUAAUACAUUUAUAGAAGAUUCAGGAUAUAAAGAAUAUUACUCAAUACCAGUCAUGGAAUUUCAUGGAAAAAGCUACUAUGUGAUCUAUUUUGAACUAGAAACUUUCUAUCAGCAACUAUAUAAGACACAGUGGUGGGGAGCCAUAAAUGAAAUAGUGAACAAUCUGAGACUGAAAAGACUUCCACUGACAGAUGCUCAAUUACAUGAACAAUUUAAGAAAAAACUUGGUUUCAAAAGAGCUAUGAAAUGCAAGAGUAUUCCAUUUGGUAUGAAGUCCGCUGUUGAAAGAGGGUUGUCUGCAGUUUUCCAUACAUUUAGCCGUAAAACCUCAAGCUCAACAAUCAGUGUUUCAGAUGAAGCAGGUUAUACUAUUUUUCAUCAUGCUGCCCUGCACAACAGAGUUUCUAUUAUAUGUCAACUGUGCAAUGCUAACUUCAAGGUCAACCAGAGGCGCUUUGUUACAUUCAGCCAAGGUCCAACACCUCUACACCUUGCUGCACAGGCUUGCUCAUUAGAAACAACAGUUUGUCUACUGUGUUCCAAAGCUGAUUACACGCUUUCUGAAAAAAGAGGCUGGAUGCCGAUUCACUUUGCUGCUUUCUAUGACAACGUUUGCAUCAUUAUUGCUCUCUGUAGGAAGGAUCCUAGUUUGCUAGAAGCUGAGGCAACAGCUGAGAAUCAGUGCACUCCACUGUUACUUGCUGCCACUUCAGGAGCACUGGACACUAUUCAAUACCUGUUUUCUAUCGGUGCUAACUGGAGAAAAACAGAUAUUAAAGGAAAUAAUAUAAUCCAUUUAUCAGUGUUAACCUUUCAUACAGAGGUUCUCAAAUAUAUAAUAAAAUUAAAUAUUCCUGAACUCCCAGUGUGGAAAACUUUGGUAGAAAUGUUACAGUGUGAAAGCUAUAAACGAAGGAUGAUGGCUGUCAUGUCCUUGGAAGUAAUUUGCUUAGCAAAUGAUCAAUACUGGAGAUGUAUUUUGGAUGCAGGCACCAUUCCUGCCUUAAUCAAUCUGUUAAAAAGUUCCAAAAUAAAACUGCAGUGCAAAACUGUUGGGUUAUUGAGUAAUAUCUCAACCCACAAAAGUGCAGUGCAUGCUUUGGUAGAAGCGGGAGGCAUUCCAUCUCUAAUCAACCUACUGGUUUGUGAUGAGCCUGAAGUACACUCUCGCUGUGCUGUCAUUCUAUAUGAUAUUGCUCAAUGUGAAAACAAGGAUGUUAUUGCCAAAUAUAAUGGAAUCCCAAGUCUGAUAAAUCUAUUGAACUUAAACAUAGAAAAUGUGCUAGUAAAUGUAAUGAACUGUAUACGGGUAUUAUGUAUAGGAAAUGAAAACAAUCAAAGAGCUGUGAGAGAACAUAAAGGCCUCCCAUAUCUUAUCAGAUUUCUGAGUUCUGAUUCAGAUGUAUUGAAGGCUGUAUCUUCUGCUGCAAUUGCUGAGGUUGGGCGUGACAAUAAGGAAAUUCAGGAUGCUAUAGCUAUGGAGGGAGCGAUUCCUCCUCUGGUGGCUCUUUUUAAAGGGAAACAAAUUAGUGUCCAAAUGAAAGGUGCAAUGGCUGUGGAAUCACUGGCAAGUCACAACGCUCUUAUACAGAAAGCAUUUCUGGAAAAAUCGUUAACUAAAUAUCUUUUAAAACUCCUAAAGGCAUUUCAAAUAGAUGUUAAGGAACAAGGAGCUGUUGCACUUUGGGCCUUGGCAGGACAAACACUAAAACAACAAAAAUAUAUGGCAGAACAAAUUGGAUACAGCUUUAUAAUAAAUAUGCUUUUGUCACCAUCAGCUAAAAUGCAGUAUGUUGGAGGUGAAGCUGUCAUAGCUCUAAGUAAGGACAGCAGGAUGCAUCAAAAUCAAAUAUGUGAAGGGAAUGGAAUUGCACCAUUGGUUCGCUUACUAAGAGUUAGUACGAUUGCUGAAGGCACACUUCUCAGUGUCAUCAGAGCAGUGGGAUCCAUUUGUAUUGGUGUAGCCCAUACAAGCAAUCCUGUCAGUCAACAAUUUGUUGUAGAUGAAAAUGCCUUUCCAGUACUUAUCCAACUACUAAGAAAUCACCCUUCUCCUAACAUUAAGGUUGAAGUGGCAUUUUCCUUGGCAUGCAUUGUCCUAGGGAAUGAUGUGUUACAGAAAGACUUACAUGAAAAUGAAGGAUUUGAGUAUGCUGAUGUCCUUUAUCUUCUUCACUCAACAGAAAAGGAUAUUUGCUUAAGAGCAGGCUAUGCAUUAACACUUUUUGCCUUCAAUAAUCGCUUUCAACAAUACUUAAUAUUGGAAAGUGGAAUAAUGACCAUAUCUAUUUUUGAACGUUUUCUUGAAUCAACAGUUGAAACUGAGAAGGCAAUGGCAGCAUUUCAGAUUGUUGUACUGGCUAAAGUCAUUAGAGAUAUGGACCAUAUUACUUUGUCUGCAAGAGGUGUUACUAUUUUAGUUGAUAGUCUGUAUUCAGUUCAGACUUCUACUAUUGUCUUGACAGGGAAUUUAAUAGCAAGCCUGGCUCAUUCUAGAGCUGGUAUCCCAGAAGCAUUUACCACAUUAGGAACAAUCCAACGGCUCUGCUAUCAUUUGUACUCGGGAAUAGAAGAGGUUCGCGCAGCUUGUUCCUCUGCUCUUGGCUACUUAACAUACAAUGCAAAUGCUUUCCGCAUCCUAUUAAAAGAAUGCAGGAAUAAACCUAAUCAGUUCAUUCGUAUAAAAAAUAAUAUCAGCAGAGAUGCAAGUAUUAACCCAGCAUUUUUAAAGGAAUUUCAAAUGCAACAAACACUGGUGGGACUUCCUUCCUUAAGUCUGGAGAAGAAUGGAGGACCAUCCAUAAUUCCUAUCUUUAAAAGAGUUUACUAAGAUAAAAUUCAGAAAUAUUUAGGUGAAUGGUGGUAGCACAUCUAUUGCUACUUAGUUGAAAUGGACAACAUAACAAAAAAGAAUGGAGAAAUUAAUUCUUAAUUACCUUGUCAAGCAUGUCACCUGGUGCUAUGUCCAAAGACUUUCCAAGAAGCAGAAAAUCUGAAACUCCUUGAACUAAUGCCAACAGACAGUGACCUCCAGAAAUCAAAAGAACUAAAAAAGGAAAUUCUACUUUAUUGGUCAACCUAAUAGUAAGUGCAUGAGCCUCCAUAUGAUGAAUGGGAAUGAAUGGCUUUUUUAACUGUCCUACCAGCUGUAAGCUAAAUGAUAAGCCCACUCCCAGGCUUAAAGCAAGUCCUGGUUUUAUGGUAGUUGCAAUUGCUGAGAGGUCACUUGGAGAGAUUCUACUGGCAGAAAGAGCUUCUUGUACUAUUCGUUGAAUAUUUUCUCUGUGAAGCUGUUGAGCUGCUGGAGGAACAAUCCCACCUGUUCUGAAAGAAAGAAAGACACCAUUUUGUAGUUUUAAGAUUGUAAAAAUGAAGAAAAAUGAUAUUACAGCUAAAAGCAUGUCUUCAAGUUAAUCAUUAUAUAGCUGAGUAAGUCAAGUAUUUUCUAAUUGUGUGCCUUCUAACAUAGCACACUAUGGUUAAAACUCAGUAAGCAGUAAUUAAGGGGAUAAUGUUUCUGACUUUUUCAAUUUAUGCACAACAGACUCCCAUGGAUUUGUUUGUUGACAAAUGAAAUCACCAAAAUAAUCUUGUAAAGCAUUCCACACAAGUUUUGAGCAUGGGAAGGACAGGAAAAAAUUGUAUUUAAGGAAAAUUAAUUUCCUUGCUGAGAGAAGAUUUUAAGAGAGAUUACUGCGAAAGUAUUUGUGUAAAAUGAUUAUAUCUUAAACUGGGCGAUUGUGGGAAUGGAAAGAAAGGGACAGAGAACCUGAAGAACUGUAAUAACUAACUGAAUAUAAAGGGACAGGGGGACUAAGGCAUCAAAGUUUGUGCAGCUAUUCAGCUGGAAUGACUGGGAGAAAAAUUCUAAAAGAGAAACAUGAAGACAGUUUUAUAAAGACGAUGAGUUUAUUUUAAAACACAUUCCACUUGAGGUCACAGCAGGAUAGCAGAUAGCUUGCAAUCCUGAAAUACAGUUUGGGAAUCUGGUGCUCAGAGUUUGUAAUUUGGAUUUUUGGUCCAUGUAGGAUGGUGGAUGGCCACUCCAAAUGUCAAGUGUAAAGAACUAAGAGACAAAUUUGCUAGCAACAAAUUUGCUACCAUGUGAUUGAUUUACAAUAUGAGAACUAGAGCAAUAAAAUAGAGUCUGCAAAACG